CUCACACACACUCAUUUGCGUAAAGGUCUCACUGCUGUCUUUCCACUGCUCGCCUUUUCUGAAAUGCAGUGAGAUGUGGUAAGCUCUCUUGUUAAAUCCGGCGAAUGAGUGAUUUAAUACAGGCUGUUUGUAUGGACGCUUUUCUGCAGAUGAGGUAUAGAGGAAACAACGUGCUUUGAAUACAGAGCAGACUUUCUCUAGUACCGCCCGACUCCAGUCAAAGCAAUAAAACAGAGGAAUUACUCCAACGGAGCGCGUUAGAGAUAUAUUUCAAUUUCGUCUUACUGCAUUUCUUAGCAGUACCGACUCUGGUCUAUUGAAGAAGAAGUGCGUUUACAUUCUGCGGGAGAGGGACAUUAAAAAUCAAACACAUUCAAGCAGAGCAGCCGAUGAGACAGCUCGCGCUUUGAGAUGCUUUAGUGAUUUUACCGGACCCAUGGCUUCGCUUUACCAGAGAUUCACGGGGAAAAUUAAUACCAACAAAUCUUUUCCUCAUCCACCUGAAGCCAGUCAUCUCCUGGGUGGACAGCUUCCUGAGGAGGAGAAUAAAUCUGGGAAGAGUCCUCAUCACCCCUCAUGCCGACCUCCGGUCCAGAACCGCAAGAAAAACGCUAGCGAGGAUGAAGACGAGUUGGUUGGGGGUAGUGCUCCACAGAGAAACUGGAAAGGGAUAGCCAUUGCUCUGCUGGUCAUCCUGGUCAUCUGCUCUCUGAUCGUCACCUCUGUCAUCCUGCUAACACCUGUUGAAGAUACCAGCCUGGCCUCCAAGCAGAAGGUCACAAUUGAGGACAUCUUCAGCGGGAAGCUCCAGGCACACAACCCUCAGGCAACAUGGCUCAGCGACACUGAACUGCUGUACCAUGACCAUGAUGGCAAUGUGAAGAUGCUGAACAUUCAGACUAACUACAACAAGACUCUGGUGGAGAACAAGACAUUUGAGAGUUUCCACAGCCAGGAAGCCUACAGACCAACCCAAUAUCAAGUGUCUCCCGAUCUGAAAUAUGUCCUGUUGGCCUACAAUAUUGUGCCGAUUUAUCAGUAUUCCUUCAUGGCCUAUUACAUCAUCUGCAGCCUUGAUUCUCCAGAGAGAGUGGAGCUGACCCCUAAUGAGGUGCAGAGCACCGCACUGCAGUAUGCCGGAUGGGGUCCCAAAGGACAGCAGCUGAUUUUCAUCUUUGAGAACAACAUCUACUACAAAGCACAAGUCAACAGCCCAUCAAUCCGCCUGGUGUCCACCGGCAGUCUGGGGGUCAUAUUUAAUGGACUUGCUGACUGGCUCUAUGAAGAGGAGAUUUUCCAGAAUCAAAUUGCACACUGGUGGUCACCAGAUGGUCUCAGACUGGCAUAUGCCACCAUCAAUGACACCCUGGUGCCCAAGAUGGAGAUACCCAUGUUCACCAGUGUGCUGUAUCCCAAUGGACAAGAGUACCGCUACCCUAAAGCCGGGGAGGAAAACCCUGAGAUCUAUUUGUCAGUGGUGAGCCUGAACGGCCCUUUACACACAGUGAGGAUGAAGAAACCAGAGGACCCCAGAAUCAGGAAAGAUUAUUACAUCACCAUGGUGAAGUGGGCAACAAGCACCAAACUAGCAGUAAACUGGCUGAACCGAGCACAAAACAGCUCAAUACUGACCUUAUGUGAGGCCACUACUGGCAUUUGCACAAAGAAACAUGAAGAUGAGAGUGACAGCUGGCUUCACAGACAGAACGAACCCCCACUGUUCUCCAAAGAUGGCUACAGGUUCUUCUUUACCCGAGCUGUUCCACAGGGAGGCAGAGGAAAGUUCUUCCACAUAUCCAUGUCCACUUCCCAGCCCAACAGCAGCACAGACACGCUUCAGUCUCUGACGUCAGGAGAUUGGGACGUGACACAGAUUUUAGCCUACAAUGAGGACACCAGAAUUGUAUACUUUUUGAGCACAGAAGACGGUGCAAGUCGGCGUCAGCUUUACAGUGCUAACACCACAGGAUCCUUCAACCGCCGCUGCCUUUCCUGUAAUUUUCGUUGUGGCUACGUCAGUGGAUCAUUCAGUCCAGACGCAAACUACUUCUUCCUCAACUGCAAAGGUCCCGGUGUGCCUCACUCAGCCGUGUACAGCACCAGAUACGGACAGUAUGAGAAGAUACUGGAUGUGGAGACCAAUGAGCUGUUGAACGUCACAGUGAACAACACACAGAUGCCCAUAGUGGAGUACAGAAAUGUCAACAUUGAUGAUUACAUUCUGAGCAUGCAGAUUCUGAAGCCCGCGGUGUUUGUGGCAACCUCUCAUUACCCCUUACUGCUGCUGGUGGAUGGCACCCCUGGUGGUCAGAUGGUAACAGAACAGUUCCAGGUGGACUGGAGCACUGUGCUGGUCAGCUCCUUCAACACCAUAGUCGUGCGUCUGGAUGGCCGCGGCAGUGGCUUUCAGGGCACAAACCUCCUCCACCGCGUCAAGAAGAAACUGGGGGAGUUUGAGGAGAGAGACCACCUGGAAGCUCUCAGAAUUAUGUCUCAGAUGACGUACAUCGACAACUCCAGAAUUGGAGUUUAUGGAAAGGCAUAUGGAGGGUAUCUGGCCAGUCGACUUUUACACUUGGACGAAUCUCCGAACCUGUCGAAAAUCAAAAUCAAGUGUGGUACUGCCGUCUCCCCCAUCACUGAUUUCUCUAUAUACGCUUCUGCAUUUUCUGAACGCUACUUAGGAUUGCCGCAGACCAACAAGAGAGAGUAUGAGAUGGCACGUUUAACAGACCGCAUGGAGCAACUGAGAGACAAGAAACUCAUGAUAAUUCACCCUACAGCUGAUGAGAAAGUCCAUUUUCAGCACACGGCCAAAUUUAUCAACCAUUUGAUAAAUGAGAAGGCUAAUUAUACAUUACAGAUCUACCCAGAUGAAGGCCAUUUCCUUCAUUCGAAAGACUCGCAGCAGCAUCUGAGUCAAUCACUGGUCAACUUCUUUGUUGAGUGUUUCAGACCUCCAGAGAUACUCCAGAGUGAUGAGAAACAGGACAACGAGGAUGAUGGUUAAAUUCCUAUCAACACCCAGCACAUGUCUGCUUACAGCCCGAUAUGCAAACUCCUUUCCUCCAUUAUACACUCAUCCAUUCUCAUAUUCAGUCUGAGGACUUCUCCCGAGCCUCCGCAUGGACCACACCCCUAUCUCUGAUUGGCUCAUUGGCUUCAGGAAAGAGUUUGGAUUUAGAGAAAGACAUGAUGAACCAUUGCGUACAGUGUGAGAGAGCCUGCUGUUAUCUGGUCAAAGCACUGAGCUCGUGUUCUGUAAUUCAUGCACUGUGCAAAGAAAGCUUUAAGAGGUGAUAGCACAAUAUACGUCUGAAUGAUUGGCCAGAAUUACUCUUAGCUGCAAAUUACUGAACUCAGUACAAAAUUUUUCCAGUGAGUUUAGAUCCAAUUAUUACAUUUUAGGGGCUUUAUUUGGGUGUAAAUGUUAUAGUGAACCCAUUAAUGUCAGUCAUCAGGCCUAUUCGUAUUAAAUUAAUUCACAACAAAUGUUCAUAAAUCCAUUUUGUGUCAGCUGAAUGUGGCAAUUUAUGUGGAAAAAAAAUCAUUGUAGCUGAACAAACGUGUAAAGCAUUCAUCUAAAACUCCUGCUUGAGGGCAUCAGACGUCCUACAGCAAACAGCUGUUGAAAUGAUUCAUAGCAACGCCUGCAUGAGAUCAUUUGCGAAUCAGAGUCUUAAUUUUGAUUUCCGACUUGAGUGCAGCUGUAAACGUCUUUGGAUAUUCAUUUAGUCACUGUGCCUUAAUGGAGUAAACCUGCUUAAGACGGGCAGUCCAUGAGGUAGGACAAAUAAUUUAUGGACAGAUUAAAAUAAAAUAAAAAGCGUUCUAAAGUUUCAUGUAAUGUUAACCAUGCCACAAUCCUGCCAAGAACAUUUUCUUCACAGUCCUGUGUAUUAGUUAAGUUGUAAAGUAAUACAGUAGAUUAACUGUGAAUACAAAACUCAUAGUACUAGUGUCUUGGGGCAGGUUUUUUUGGUUUUUGAUUCAUACGUGGUUAAGGUGUUAAAAGAGCUUUUGCAUAGAAUAUAUUUUCUUGUUAUAUUAUUUGGCAUGGUGACAAGAUGGUUUCCUUUGUUUUAAUGUAUCUAUUUACGUGUACUUUUGACAGCUUGAAUGUUCCAAUGUGAUUCCACUGAAUUUAUUGUCGUAAGUGAAAUCCUGUCUCGUAAGCAGAUGCACUGAUGUGUAAAUUACAACUGUUUUGGUCCUUCCUUGUGUGUACCUUGUACAUAAAGCAUUUUGAAAGCUA